GCAGAACGCGCCCGCGCAGCGCCAGUCGGCAAUCCGCCCGGGCGGGCGCCACACACACGACCGGAGUCUGCGCGCGCGAUCAGCGGUAUCGAAAUAUAUCACAAGUGCACCAAUACGAAUACCAACGACCGAAAGGAUUUGCGAGCGCGAUUCUGUGAAUCAAAUACGAGUAAAGUGAACGAGUCUCGAGUGCAGAGCAAACGACAGACGCCGCACCACGAGAGAGCGAUUAUAGGGUUCAAAGAGCCCAUGACGAAACGAUUCGAGACGCAACCGUAGAAGCAUUCGCGGUCGCUCGAAAUACUGCAAAUCGCUCGGUGACGGGUCAGGCACCUCACGCUGCACUGCUCUUAUCUUAGUCGUAUCUAAACGAAAACUCGAAAAACGCCUCUAUCAGUGGCCACGAUAGAGGUGUACUUGUUUAUAUAUGCAUAUAUAAAACGGAGAAAACUGAUCUCUAACGUGACGUCACAAAUUUGUGAUCAUUAUUAUUGUUAAAGUUUGUAUUCGCAUUUUCGACGUGUAUAGUUAGUUUUUUGUACGUAUUUAUUGAUGUUGUAAAUAGAGAAAAGUAUAUAGCCAAAAUAAGUGUGACAUUGCGUUAAUAUAACUAUAAUACUAGUCAUUCAUCUAGUGUAUUUAUUUAUUUAAAUAUUUUGAAUCUUGUCUGUAGAAUAAUAAUAAAAUCUUGAAAAAUAAAAGUGAAUACCAGAGCUUACAGUAGCUACCAAAGAGUUUGAAAACACGCGGCAAACCAACAAAAAGUUUGACAACUAAAUAAGCGGGAAAUCGCGAUAAUACACGUACCACAGAGUAAAUAUAUCGGACCGACAACCUAAACAUUCGUAACCAUAGAAUAUAAAAAGUGGAUUAUACCACAGAGUAAAGAAGUCCGGCAGAAAAUUCGUAGCCACAGAUAAAAAAAUUGUGGUCAUAGGACAUAUUUUUUUAAAUCAGUCGAACACUGAUAAACAAAAUGAGCAACGAGAUGCAAACGCAGAUAGGCAGUGGGCUGCAGAGGAGCUACAGGAUGCAGGACUUUGCGUCGCCUGGCGUCAUCAUGAGGGAGCGCAGCUUCAUUCGCCCUCAGUCGCACCAUAACAUGCAUCAUAAUCAGUUUCCGAAUAACGGGAAGCGGCGGAGCAUGAUUCUGACCAACGCCAAGGGCAAACCCACGCUGGAGAUAUACAGACCCCCAGGUGUCCGCACAGACGCACCAGCCACCACCAACAAGCUGAACGUCCACGCCAAGGAGUUCACCAUGGCCAAGCCCGCUGAUCAACAGAAUCGACCAGCAAUGGGCGUGACCUUUGGAGGAGGGCUGCAGCACUCCCGCUCGGCCGUGCUGUCGGCGCAGGUGCCCCCGCACUACCGGCCCGUGAUGCCCGUGCACGCGCUCCUCAACAGCGCGUCGAGCGGGCACGUGGCGCAGGGUCCGCGUGUCCACUUCAAGCUGCAGCCGCAGCAGAACUUCCCAGAGAAGAAGAAGUCCCCUCCCUCCUCCCUGUCCAACGGGAACGGGAAGAGCAUCCGUCCGCAGUUCGUCCCCGGGCUAAAACGCUCCAAGUCACUCACGUCGGCAGAUGCUCUAGCGAGCGGAAUGGCGGCGUUAGGACUGGCUGCUGAUGCAGGGGACCUGGGCAACUUUCCGCAGGAGAUUCAGGAGUGCAUCGACAAGGCAUUAGAAGACCCGAACUCGGUGUGCGCGCGCACGCUGAUGGACGCGGUGGGGCACCUGGUGUCGCGCGCGGUGGAGUCGCCGCGCUACGCGCUGCCGGCCGCGCGCCGCUGCAUCGCCGUGGUGGAGCGCGAGCAGACCGAGACCUUCCUCGAGUCGCUGCUCAACACCUGCCAGCAGUGGUACCACGACCGGGAGAAGCUGCUAGGCACGGUCGUGGGCGGCGGGCGGCCGCGGCUCAUGGCGUUCCUGUCGUUCCUGCUGGAGAUGUACUGCCAGCUGCGGCGCCGCGCCAUCCAGCGCCGCGGCGCCUCCGCGCAGCCCGGCCACGUGCUGCUCACGCUCAUCUGCAAGUGCUGCGAGGACUGCAUCCGCCAGCCCGUGCCCUCCGCCGGAGACACCGAAAACCUGUUCUUCGUCCUGACGUACAUCGGGCGCGACCUGGAGCAGGCGCUGCCCGGCGACCUGGAGCGGCUGCUGACGGCCGUGCGCGACGCCUUCCUCAACACGCACGCCGCGCCCUCCAUCCGCCGCACGCUGCUGCAGCUCAUCGAGCUGCACGCCAGCCGCUGGCAGCUGCCCGGCUGCGCCGUGCUCUACUACUACCCCUCCUCCAAGUAGCUCCGGGGCCGGGGGCAGCUGAGUGCGAGGAGGGACGAAGUCCGCGUACACUGAUGUCGUCGGAAAAUGUAUACAUGGAAAAAAUUCUGGAACUGCUCAUACUUUUGUACGGGAAUCGAAAUUUUUCAUUUCCAAAAU